CUUUUUAUUGACAUGAUCAACAAGUGCCCAUGAGUGGGUUACUGAUUACAGGUGAUUCACUAGUUGCUUUGAUAAGACUCUUGCUUCGAGCGCAAAGUCCUGCCAGGUACAUCGAGCCUUCAGCCACUUCACAGAAUCCCUUCCAUCUCUCAGAGGACCGCUGCUGCUCUCAGGUCCUUGCGUUUCUCCUUCUAUCUGUUGACCACGCAGCAGCAACAUGAGUGUGGACUCCCAAAAAGCGCGUAGAGCAUGUUGCGCCAACCUCAAGCUCUUCCUGGCCUCUAUGGCAUUUGUAUACUUUUCCAAAGCCUUUGCUGGCGCCUAUAUGAAGAGCUCCAUCACCCAGAUCGAGAGGCGCUUUGAUGUCCCCAGCUCCCUCAUUGGGGUUAUAGAUGGCAGCUUCGAAAUGGGUAACCUGUUGGUGGUCGCCUUUGUGAGCUACUUCGGUGCGAAGAUGCACCGCCCCAAACUGAUCGCUAUUGGCUGUGUGAUGAUGUCUGCAGGAUGUUUCCUCACAGCCCUGCCUCACUUCCUGCAGGGAAUGUAUAAAUAUGAGACCAGUGUGUAUCACAAUAGUGAUGUCAACAGCACUGAGAGCUUCCUGCCCUGCCUGUCCAACCACACCCUGGCUGAAGCCGAUAAAAUGCCCGAUUUAGAGACCAGAACAGCUUGUGAAAAGGCAGCCGGCUCCUCCAUGUGGAUCUAUAUAUUCUUCGGAAACAUGCUGCGUGGAAUCGGAGAAACUCCCAUCAUGCCUCUGGGUAUUUCCUACCUGGAUGACUUCUCCAGAGAAGAAAACACUCCUUUUUAUUUGGCCUGCAUCCACACAGUGGGAAUCCUGGGACCGAUGUUCGGGUUCAUGCUCGGGUCAUUCCUUUCCAAGAUCUACGUGGACAUUGGAUCUGUGGAUUUAGACGCUGUCACCAUCAACUAUAAGGACUCCCGCUGGGUGGGGGCUUGGUGGCUGGGCUUCAUAGUGACCGGCACCGUGAUCCUGCUGUCCAGCAUACCCUUCUGGUUCCUGCCCAAGUCUCUGCCCAAAGAGGGGCAGGAGGAGAGUAAAGGCACAGAGCUGAGCACCGUGACCGAGCAGGAGAACUUCCUGCCAGACGAAACCCAGGAUGAAGAGAAGGAGAAGCCGGUUACGUUUCAGGAGCUGGCUAAAGAUUUCCUUCCAUCUCUGAGGAGGCUCUUCAGGAACACCAUCUACGUGCUGAUGAUUCUCACAUACCUGGUUUCUGUCAACGGCUUCAUCGGCAUGAUCACCUUCAAGCCCAAGUUCAUGGAGCAGAUCUACGGCCAGUCGGCCUCUAAAGCCAUUUUCCUCAUAGGUGCAAUGAACCUGCCAGCAGUAGCUCUGGGGAUCAUCACUGGAGGUUUUGUCCUGAAGCGUUUCAAGCUGGGUGUGGUCGGCGCGGCCCGGCUGGCCUUCGGGGCGUCCCUCGGGUCUCUUUGUCUGCUGACCGUUCAGAGCUUCCUCCGCUGUGACAAUGCAGAGGUGGCAGGUAUAACCGCCUUGUAUCAGGGGGGUCCUCAGCUGUCCUAUGACCCACAGACCUUGCUGUCCCAGUGCAACAUGGGCUGUUCCUGCUCCAUGAAGCAAUGGGACCCGGUGUGCGCCUACAACGGGAUGACGUACGCCUCGCCCUGCCUGGCCGGCUGCCGAACCUCCAGCGGCACCGGCAAGGAGAGGGUGUUUCAUAACUGCACGUGCACCAGGGAGUUGAUGACUCCUGGCAUGAACAUGUCCGCAGUGCUGGGCCAGUGCCCCAGGAUAAGCAACUGUGAUUACAUAUUCAAAAUCUACAUGUCUUUGUCCGUCCUGGGGUCUUUCAUUUCCGCCUGUGGAGGGACGCCGGGAUACGUCGUACUGCUCAGGUCGAUACAGCCAGACCUGAAGUCACUGGCUUUGGGUAUGCAGAUUCUGAUAGUAAGAACUCUUGGUGGGAUUCCUCCUCCUAUAUACUUCGGAGCACUGAUUGACCAGACAUGUUUGAAGUGGGGGUCCAAGCAAUGUGGAGGCCGUGGAGCAUGUAGGAUUUAUGAUGCUGAUGCAUUCAGAAUUACGUUCUUGGGCUUGAUUACUGGACUGUACUUCCUGUCCAACAUCCUGUGGGGAGGACUUUAUUGUACAAUAGUCAAGACACACAAGAAGUCAACACUAAGGAAUCAGGCCAAGGAAAACGGACUGGAUGGUGACAAGUCGGGCAAUGGACACGCCAACAUCAGCAUUGUUAAAAACAAAGAGGACGCGGACAAUGAGAGCACUAUUUAAGAUUUCGGAGGAAGGCGACACCGUUGUAUAAAGCAGGUGAACGACACAGCACUGUGAAGCCUCCAUACUGGACCAAAUGCGGUCUUGGUACAGUGCCAGCGCUCUUUGGUCUUCAACAGCACACACAGACAUUGUUUUGAAAUAUCCACUGCUGUUUGUUCUUUAGAAAGGUCAAAGUUCCUCACUAAUGCUUAGUUUGAAUUGAAAAAAAACACCAAAAGUCAUGGAAUGAUCUGCAAUCGGCACACAUUGCGUUCAUUUUCAACUUCAAAUCAGCCAAGAAAAGAAAAUGUUCACUUGUUAUAAUCAUAUUUUAAUCAUUAUAAUAGUUGGCUUUUGAGCUGUGUCCAUUUAUACUUGAAUAGUAAAAAGUCAGGUUAUGAUAGUAAUGUCUCAUCCUACAACCUUAAAUUCAAAAGGGAUUUAUGUAUAUUUACAUUAUACAGUAUGUACAGUGUAUAGUUUUAAAUACAAGACAGAACUGUAGUAUUCGUGUUUUGUUAGUGAUCGACAAUUUGUUCUUUCAUGUUUUCAAGUUCUUUUCACAUUAUUUAGCUAACCUUAAAGCUCAUGGCUUAUUUGCAAAUGUGCUUAUGACAAGAAGUUUCUUUUUAUAUUUGUUUUAUUUACAGGCUAUAUCUUUGCCAGAUAACCUUUAUACUGACUGUUGCCCCAGCGACCUUUAUCUCAGCCGUCUGACUCUACACACACUUCUUGUUACAUCAUCAUUUUACAUAACAUUACAGGUCAUGGUCGUUCAUAAAGAAAAAGUGUGUUGUUGAGCUAGUAUCUGAAGUCCACUGAAGCUUGGACAGUGGACUAAGAGUGAGUGCAGUGUAACUUGAUUGUUAGUUCUUAUGCACUUUAGUCGUCAGUGAAAAUGUAUCAUCAAAUAGUUUUUAUAGAAUGUUUUUUAAUCAUUACUGCCUUUUUUUCUUAUUUUAUUUUACACUUUUGUCGAUCGUCCUUAGCAUAUCGUUAAACAUUAAAGACAAUAGUUUAUUUGUUUUA